AUGACCCUGGAACCAUUAACUCCAGUGAACUGUGCCGGCCUCCUGCAGCCCGGCUUCUCUCUGCUGCAGCUGGAUGGGGAACUUCUCCUGUUUGGGCAGAAAGGUUGGCCCAAGCGCUCAUGUCCAACUGGAGUGUUUGGCGUUCGUUUUAAACUCGGUGAGAUGAGGUUGAGGGCCAUCUCUUUCUCGAAUGACUCAUGCUACCUUCCUCCAUUACGUUGCCCAGCAGUGUGCCGCCUCGACCCCUAUGACGGGCUUCCAGAAAGUUACCUCAUCCAUGGUGGCCGCACCCCGAAUAACGAGAUCUCAUCGAGCCUGUACAUGCUGACCACAGAAAGCCGUGGCUGCAAUCGUAAGCUGACCCUGUGCUGCAAAGAAAUGGAGCUGGUGGGAGAAAUGCCAGGGGCCAGAUACGGCCACACAAUGAGCGUGGUUCAAAGCCGUGGGAAGACGGCUUAUGUGUUGUUUGGUGGUAGAUCCUACAUUCCCGCAGGAGAGCGGACCACAGAGAGCUGGAACAGUGUCAUCGACUGUCAUCCUCAGGUGUUCCUGUUUGACUUGGAGUUUGGUUGCUCCUCUGCUCACACUCUACCUGAGCUCAGCGACGGACUGUCUUUCCAUUUGGCCCUCGCCAGAGAAGACUGUGUCUACUUCCUCGGGGGUCACUCCCUCGCCUCUGACUCUCGCCCUCGACUCUUCCGUCUGCGUGUAGAGCUCCUGCAGGGCAGCCCCUUGCUUUCCUGUGAGACCCUUGAAACUGGCAUAUCCAUAUCUAGUGCCAUAAUCACCCGUACAGGUCCCUCUCACAGAUAUAUCAUAUUAGGUGGGUAUCAGUCCGACUCUCAGAAGAGGAUGGAGUGCAGCACUGUGGUUGUGAAUGAGAAAGGGAUCCACUUUGAGCCCCUAGAAUCCCCUAAGUGGACCCCUGACAUCGCCCAUAGUCGCACUUGGUUUGGCAGCAGUGCCGGGGAGGGAAGUGUCCUACUUGCUGUUCCCACUGAAGGAAGGCCAUCCCAAGCAGAUAUGCAUUACUUCUAUCAGGUGAGUUUCCAGACAGAGGGGGAAGCCAGAGAGGAAGAAGGAACCCAGGUCUGCAGCCAGGAGUCCACCGAUUACGACGACUCCCCUCCUCUCGAAGACUCUGAGGAGCUCUACUUCGGUCGUGAGCCGCACGAGCUGGAGGACAGUGACGACGGAGAAGGUGGUAAUUACAACGAGGAGGAUGAGGAGGACGAAUCACAAACAGGCUACUGGAUCAAAUGCUGCCUGGGCUGUCAGGUGGACCCCAACACGUGGGAGCCCUACUACUCCACUGAGCUCUACCGGCCAGCCAUGAUCUUCUGCUCCAGAGGGGAGGGGGGACACUGGGUCCAUGCCCAGUGCAUGGAGCUGUCGGAGACCCUGCUGCUCAGGCUCUCCCAAGGCAGCAAAAGGUACUUCUGCAUGGACCACGGAGGCCUGCCCUACCAGGAGAUGACCCCACCUCCACAGGUCAUCCCACUGAAGCGUACCCCCAUGAAAGUUAAGGACAGAAAAUCCCCUCCAACAAUUAAGAUGUCCCCUGCCAAAAAAAGCUUUUUCAGGAGGCUUUUCAACUGACUACAGUUUAUGUUGUGUGUAGAUGGUCACUGGAACACUGAGU